GGCAGUGGCCGCCGCUCUCGGGUGCUGAGACGUCCCCCGGGUCGCCUUCCCUCUCGGCGACCGAGCCUAGAAGCCGGCAACAGCCUGUGCGUGGAGGCCCCUGGCCGCUGCUGUAAUGGAAACAAAAUGUCAGUCAGCAUGCAUGAGAACCGCAAGUCUAGGGCCAGCAGUGGCUCCAUUAACAUCUAUCUGUUUCACAAGUCCUCCUACGCUGACAGCGUCCUCACACACUUGAACCUUCUUCGCCAGCAGCGCCUCUUCACUGAUGUCCUUCUCCAUGCUGGAAACAGGACCUUCCCUUGUCACCGGGCCGUGCUAGCUGCAUGCAGCCGCUACUUUGAAGCCAUGUUCAGUGGUGGCCUGAAAGAGAGCCAAGACAGUGAAGUCAACUUUGACAACACCAUUCACCCAGAAGUUUUAGAGCUACUGCUGGACUAUGCAUACUCAUCUCGGGUCAUCAUCAAUGAAGAGAAUGCAGAAUCCCUUCUAGAGGCGGGAGACAUGCUGGAGUUUCAGGACAUCCGGGAUGCCUGUGCAGAAUUCCUGGAAAAGAACCUGCAUCCCACCAACUGCCUGGGCAUGUUGCUGCUGUCAGAUGCACACCAGUGCACCAAGCUCUAUGAACUGUCCUGGAGAAUGUGUCUCAGUAACUUCCAGACCAUCCGGAAGAAUGAAGAUUUCCUCCAGCUGCCCCAGGACAUGGUAGUACAGCUCUUGUCCAGUGAAGAGCUGGAAACAGAAGAUGAAAGACUUGUCUAUGAGUCUGCAAUUAACUGGAUCAGCUAUGACCUGAAGAAGCGCUACUGCUACCUCCCCGAGUUGCUGCAGACGGUGAGGCUGGCACUCUUGCCGGCCAUUUACCUCAUGGAGAAUGUGGCCAUGGAGGAGCUCAUCACCAAACAAAGGAAGAGCAAGGAGAUCGUGGAAGAGGCCAUCAGGUGCAAACUGAAAAUCCUGCAGAACGACGGGGUGGUCACCAGUCUUUGCGCUCGGCCUCGGAAGACAGGCCAUGCCCUUUUCCUCUUGGGAGGACAGACUUUUAUGUGUGACAAGCUGUAUCUGGUAGACCAGAAGGCCAAAGAGAUCAUUCCCAAGGCUGACAUCCCCAGCCCGAGGAAAGAGUUCAGUGCAUGUGCGAUUGGCUGCAAAGUAUACAUUACAGGGGGGCGGGGAUCUGAAAAUGGGGUUUCAAAAGAUGUUUGGGUCUAUGACACACUGCAUGAGGAGUGGUCCAAGGCUGCGCCCAUGCUAGUGGCCAGGUUUGGCCAUGGCUCUGCUGAACUGAAGCAUUGCCUGUAUGUGGUCGGGGGGCACACGGCAGCAACUGGUUGCCUCCCAGCUUCUCCCUCAGUCUCUCUUAAGCAGGUAGAACAUUAUGACCCUGCCACCAACAAAUGGACCAUGGUGGCCCCCCUCCGAGAAGGCGUUAGCAACGCUGCAGUAGUGAGUGCCAAACUCAAGUUGUUUGCUUUCGGAGGUACCAGUGUCAGUCAUGACAAGCUCCCCAAGGUUCAGUGUUAUGAUCAGUGUGACAACAGGUGGACAGUCCCAGCCACCUGUCCCCAGCCCUGGCGUUACACCGCAGCAGCUGUGCUGGGUAACCAGAUUUUUAUUAUGGGUGGAGAUACUGAGUUCUCUGCCUGCUCUGCUUAUAAAUUUAACAGUGAGACUUAUCAGUGGACCAAAGUGGGAGACGUGACAGCAAAACGCAUGAGCUGCCACGCUGUGGCCUCUGGAAACAAACUCUAUGUGGUUGGAGGAUACUUCGGCAUUCAGCGGUGCAAAACUCUUGACUGCUAUGAUCCAACAUUAGAUGUGUGGAACAGUAUAACCACAGUCCCAUACUCGCUGAUUCCCACCGCCUUUGUCAGCACUUGGAAGCAUCUGCCGUCUUAAAUGCGACCUAAAGAGAGUGAGCGUGAGUUCGUGUCAUCAUUCGCUGAGGCACAAUGAGAUUUCUAUUAUGAAGAGGUCAAACAUAAUGAUGAGAAAGAAGCAAGAGGAAAUGAAGUUGCUCCAAGACUCCAUACAAUCCACUGCACCUUGUAAAUGAUCCAACUGGACAUGAAGGAAGGGGAUGGGGGAGGGGUGGGACUUUCAGUGCAAGUUGCACAUGGUUUAAAUAUGAAUGAGUGAACCUGUGAUCUAGUCCUUGUCUUGUAAUUGUGGAUUAAUGUCAGCGUUAAUCAGCCCCUCAAAGGGAGAGAAAAGCGGGACCUUUUCCCUGGCUGUACCAUAUUCAACAUUUGAUUUCCAUGGGCUCCGCCAUUUAUGUGUAAAAUUUGAAAUGGUUGUCAGCUCCCUUUGAGGGGCAAGCUUGAAGCCUCCACACCAGCUGCUGUUGGAGAUUGAAAGCCCAACUGUGGGCCAGGAGGGGAAGCUGGCUGGGCUGGCCCAGAGGGAGGACUUGGGGGUCUCUCAGCUAAUCUGGGAGGGGUUGUUGUGCGUGAUCCCCGGGAAGAUUUCGGAACAAUGAGGAAUUUGUUGGUAGCCGUUCAGUAGAUACUCUUUUCUAUUUAUAUUUGCCUUUAAACUUUCCCUUGGCUGUUAAGAAAUGUGUUGUAGAUUUAGAUAUUUAUUGUUUGAUGCCUGCAUGCUGAAACAAUGCUUACCGUUGUCUUCACGUGUAUGGAUCUGUGUGAAUGGUUGUAUGUUUUGCACAUUUUGUGACUGUUGAGAUGUCCUAUACUGCACAAAAUGAAAAUUUCAAAUUACAAUUGGCAUAUAACUAGAGGGUGGU